CUGAAGAGAUUCCCAAGACCCUGAUAGUUAACAGGAAUGACAAUAUAGUCACCAUUUACUCUGCCUUAUUUUGUUCCAAACAUCUUUCUUUCAUUUACAGCAAACAAAAUGUGAAGUUUCAAUACUUUACAAUAAGGUUUUAUUGGUUAACAUUCGAUAAAGGCACGAAAAAUAAAACUGACAUCAUUUAGUGACCCUCAGGUUGUUUCUUUCUUCUGUUGAACACAAAAGAAGAUCAUUCUGAGGAAUACAGGUAGCCAAACAGAGUUGGCGUUGACUUCCAUGGCAUGGAAAAAAAGGGGGAUAACCAGUUGGGACCAUCAAGUGUUUGGUUACUCAUAUUCUUCAAAAAUAUCUUCUCUUGUAUUCAGCAGAAGAAAGAAAUUCAUACAGAUUUGGUACAAUGUUGGGGUGAGCUAUCCCUUUAAGUACAUUAGUUAACAUUAACUACACUAUUUAUUCAUUUUAGCAUUUUAGCAUACAUUUUUAAGAUUAACCGUUGUAUUUGUUAGCAUGAACACGAUCUAAAAAUAACAGAAGUUCUGAUAAUUGGUCGUUUAUAACAUAUUUACUUAUGCUAACUAAUGAAACCUAAUUGUAAAGUGUUAUCGAAGAUUAAACGUUACCAAUAUGUUGAAGACUAUUCAAGCUCUUUUCCAUAUCACGAAAUUAAUUGUGACUUCGGGAAAAUCUGAGCUAUAAAGAGGACAAGGUCUAAAUUAGACAAAAAAAAACAGUAUAUGAAAACACUAGUAUGUCUGAAUUCAUACUAUUUAUAAAACAGUCGCCCAGAUGACUAACUACUUCCAUCAAGGUUCAGGGGUGCACAUGCAAUGCAUAAAGUUAUUACCCAUGAGGCCACAGAAAGGGAAUCGUGAAUGGCGGGAAUAGGAUGCAACUAAUUCACUAUAGGUCUGUCACGGUGUGGUUUACAACUUUAAUCAUUCACAUAUAAAGAAAUAAUACCUCGGGCAGGUACAGGCAGAUAAACGAAACCACACGUGAUAUAGACAAAGUCAGACAAGCUGAAUACAAACAACAGGACUUAAAUACACGUAAAUACUUAAUAAACGAGACACAGCUGAACACGAUAAGACAGUUAACUAAACGUAGGUCACACGGGGCACACGGCACGAGACAAAAACAACAACCAAAAGGAGUCCACGUGUGACAAGGUCACAUGACGAUGACAACGUGGCAAAUUACAUUACAUUACAUUGUUUCUGUCCAGAGGUAGUGCCUACUAAGACAGUAUGCCGUCAAAGAUGGGGGAAAUGCAUAUCUAUAUUUAUGUAUUUAAUCCCAUGUUAUUAACCAGUGUCUUUACUACUGACUUUCGAUGAUCCAAUUCGACCUUGCUAUGCCAAAACGGCACAUUUGUGUUUCAUUUUUGUUAUCGGUGAAUAUAUGGUGUGCCCUCAACUGUACAGAUGUGAAUGUACAUCUCAUUCUACCUGAGUUGUAUUCAUUAAACAGAAAGACCUAUGGGACAGCCCCUAGUCACUAUAUGGUUUUGUUAUACGGAGAAGAGCAGCAUUUCUCAGUUUCUUUUUGUCCGCGUUUCUGUGGAUUCGACCAUAAGCUAUUACCAGAUGCUAACAUAAACAUAAAGAGCUCUUAUUCGCAGUGUAUGCCGCUUCAUCCUUCACAGGUAUGAAUGGAAUGGCCCCAGGUUCUACAGGAAGCACUUAUGGGACUCAGAUGGGUGUGAUGAAUUCGGGCCAGCAGGCCCCUCCACCCUACCCGGGGCAGGGCCAGGUUGGGCAGCCCGCUCUGCAGCAGCCCUCCACCCCUAUAUUUGUGGCUCCUCCGCCCAAACCACAGCGACUGCUCCAUUCUGAGGCUUACCUGAGAUACAUAGAAGGACUCAGCGCUGAGUCCAAUACUGUCAGCAAAUGGGACCAAACGCUCUCCGGUGAGUAA